UCGCUUUCCAAUUCACGACUUCUGGCGAUUUCCUUUGCCUUCUUUCAGAAUAUCGCUCCGGUAGUCCCUUCUGGUCUCCAUUAGGUCUUCUGCAAAAUGGCCAGCCAAGUCCCUGCCGACACCACCGGUGCCUCUCAAACCCUGCCUGAUCGCACCCAAACCCCCGCCAGCGGGGAUGCCCCUCAGGGAGAGGUCUCGAAGAAUGCCGCAAAGAAGGCUGCUAAGCAAGCCGAGAUGGCCGCAAAGAAGGCUGAGAAGGCUGCUAAGGCCGGACAGGCCGGACAGGCUGGAAAGGGACAGAAGGCCGGCGCCAAGGGAGCCAAGGCGAACCCCGACAAGGCCUUGAUUGGAAUCGAUGUCUCCAAGGAGGAGGAUUUCCCAGGAUGGUACCAGCAGGUCCUCACAAAGGGUGAUAUGCUCGACUACUAUGAUGUUUCCGGAUGCUACAUUCUCAAGCCUGCUUCCUAUUCUAUCUGGGAGGAGAUCCAGCAAUGGUUCAACGAGCGCAUCAAGAAGAUGGGCGUCAAGAACUGCUCUUUCCCUCUGUUUGUUUCCGAGGAUGUUCUUCAGAGGGAAAAGGACCACAUUGAAGGCUUUGCUGCUGAAGUUGCUUGGGUUACCCAUGCAGGCUCGACCCCUCUUGAGAAGAAGAUUGCCAUCCGCCCUACAUCAGAGACCGUCAUGUACCCUUACUAUGCCAAGUGGAUCCGAAGCCACCGCGACCUGCCCCUCAAACUCAACCAGUGGAAUUCUGUCGUUCGAUGGGAAUUCAAGCACCCCCAGCCUUUCCUCCGAACCCGAGAAUUCCUUUGGCAGGAAGGUCAUACUGCUCACUUGACCGAGCAGGAGGCUCGCGAGGAGGUUCUCCAGAUUCUUGACCUCUAUGCGCUUAUCUACGAGGAGCUCUUGGCUGUCCCCGUUGUGAAGGGUCAGAAGACCGAGAAGGAGAAGUUUGCUGGUGGUUUGUAUACUACCACUGUUGAAGGUUAUAUCCCCGCUACUGGCCGUGGUAUCCAGGGUGGUACAUCUCACGGUCUCGGUCAGAACUUCAGUAAGAUGUUCGGCAUUACCGUCGAGGAUCCUUCGGCGAAGGGCGACGAGAAGAAGCCCCAUCUCCACGUUUGGCAGAACUCUUGGGGUUUGUCGACCCGUACUCUAGGUGUCAUGGUUAUGAUCCACAGUGACAACAACGGUCUGGUUAUCCCUCCCCGUGUCGCUGAGAUUCAGACCAUUGUUAUCCCCGUUGGUAUCACCGCCAAGACCACUGCUGAAGACCGUGACAAGCUCUACGCUGAAAUUGACGCCCUUGUCUCUACUCUCACCGCUGCUGGUGUGCGUGCUGACAGCGACAAGCGUGACGGAUACUCCCCUGGCUGGAAGUUCAACGACUGGGAACUUCGCGGUGUUCCUCUGCGCAUUGAAUUCGGCCCUGGCGAGUCUGCUGGCAACUUUGUCACUGUUGCUCGUCGCGAUAUCCCAGGCAAGGAGGGCAAAUCCACUAUCCCUAUCCCCGAGCUGUCGACCGCAGUUCCCACUCUCCUCGAUACCAUCCACAAGGAUAUGUUCAAGCGCGCAGACGACCAGUACCGCUCCCACCGCAAGCUCAUCACCAGCUGGGAUGACUUCACCCCUGCCCUUAACGACAAGAACAUCUGUAUCAUCCCUCACUGCCUGACAGAGGAGUGUGAGGACCAAAUCAAGGAGAUGAGCGCCCGCAAAGCUGAGGAGGACUCGAAUGAGCCCCAGGACUCCCGCGCCCCCAGCAUGGGCGCCAAAUCCCUUUGCAUUCCCUUCGACCAGCCAGAAGGCAUCAAGCCCGGCGAGACCAAGUGCACCAACCCCAAGUGUACUCGAUUUGCCGAGAAAUGGUGCAUGUUCGGACGCUCUUACUAAAACGCAUUUUCAUCAUCUAACACUAAGAGCUAUUUCACUCACUUCAGGAAUAGCAUUGCUUAUCAUCUCCACAUUGAUACGGCUUCCAUGACUCUUAUGACCUGGUUUUUCUCCUAAUUGUUACCACUUACGAUCUAAGCACGUAGUGUUAAACACCACCGAUAACAUAACAAGUAAAACAAACCCACCAAAAUACGGAAUAUUAACCCCCCCCCCCCC